AAGUUGUUGCCGUUCUCUCACCGGGAAUCGAUUUCCGUUCCUUUUGCCGUAGGCGGGAGACGUACAGGCGCUGUGAAGCGAGUGUGGUUGAAAGGAAGUAUUUCUGAGAUAGAAUGGAACAAAAGGGAGCCACGCCAAGUCAGGCAUCUGAAUCUAGCAAUGUAUUGGAUAUCUCCUGGACUUACGACAUAUCGCACAGCGCUCAGCAGAGAGAGCCUCCUGAUGGUAUUCGGGGAGAUGACUUCAACAUGCCUUCAACACCUGCCUCAUCAGGACCUCUAGCGGAUGAUGCAGACUCCCAAGUAAGUGUUUGUGAAGAUGAAAAAUCUCACCACCAAGCUUUAAGAUCUGCAUCUCAUCCUACAGCCACAUCAAUGCUGGAAGAUAAAGCAGCCAUAACAGAUAACCAAAUAAAAAAUAACUUGGAGUCAUUUUAUGAAUUAAAUUGUCAGAAACAAUGCAAUCAAGAGGAUAACGCAAUAUUGGAUCAACUUUCUGAGAAAAUAUCAGACUUGCGUACAAAGAAUCAGAUGUAUGCACUCCGGAGCUUCCAGAUGGCAAGGAUUAUUUUAAAUCGAGAUGGAUCGAAUGUCUUGCGAAAUCAUUCUACAGACUCAGUCUUCUCAUCAGCAAAACCCUCCGAUUCCACCACAAACACAGAGCCUAUACCUGGAAUUUCAGAAGACGCAAUUUGUUUUAUCAGGAAUAAAAAUAAAUCUUGAGUGAUUCAAUAGGUUUAAUUCUCCAGGAAGCUAUAGGAUACCUUUUGUUAAUUGCCUCUCCUUUUUAGAUGGUGCUGUCACGUGAUUUAGGCCUUCAUGGCAGCCUUUUGGUCUAUACUGGAAAAAGAGAUUAGCUACACUUGUUCCCCAUCUGGUGGUGCCCUCCGCUUUACAAUCUUAUUCAUAGCUAGACACACUCCACCUCCCACCCCAUUAUCUCCAUAUGCAAAGUGGGAGACCUUGAGGGGAAUAUACCUUGAAAGGCAUCAUUUAUGUUUACAUUUAUUUAUAUAGCACCAGCAGAUUCUAUAGCGCUGGGAGUAGUAGUAGUA